UGACGUCACUCCUCCGCGCCGUGGCGCCCCGGCUUCGCGCUGUGUCACCGAGGCUCGCAAUUCGGUUUCGGUUGCUCGGGCAGUCAUGGAGUACCUCAUCGGCAUCCAAGGGCCUGACUUCGUGCUGAUGGCCGCCGACACCGUCGCGGCCUCCAGUAUCGUUCACAUGAAGCGCGAUCAUGACAAGAUGUUCAAGAUGAGUGAGAAAAUCUUGCUACUGUGUGUUGGGGAGGCUGGCGACACUGUACAGUUUGCAGAAUACAUCCAGAAAAAUGUCCAGCUCUAUAAGAUGAGGAAUGGAUAUGAGCUGUCUCCAACUGCAGCUGCCAACUUCACACGCAGAAAUCUGGCUGAUUAUUUGCGGAGCAGGAGUCCUUAUCAUGUCAACCUCCUCCUCGCCGGCUAUGAUGAACACGAUGGUCCUGCCCUUUAUUAUAUGGAUUAUCUUGCCUCUUUAGCUAAAGUUCCCUUUGCAGCCCAUGGCUAUGGGGCAUUUCUCACACUCAGCAUUCUUGACCGCUACUAUAAACCAGGUAUCACCCGUGAAGAAGCAAUAGAAGUUCUCAAGAAAUGUCUGGAGGAGCUCCAAAAACGCUUCAUCUUGAACUUGCCUUCUUUCAACGCCCGGUUCAUCGAUAAAGAUGGUAUCCACGAAGUGACCAAUGUCCCACUCCUGAAAUCAGUGGCCUGAGUGUCCAGGCUCUUCUUCCUCUGCCAGUCUCCGAUUUCCUUUUUGUACUUGUUGGAAAACCAGAACAUCUUUAAUUCUGUUUCCAAAUGCAAAUAAAAAUUUGAUUCCCCCCCCCCCUUCUCAA